UUACAGAUUAUAGAAAAUGGAUAAAACAAAGUUAAUAUUGAAUGCUCUGCAUUUAAAAACUGCCAAACCAAAGUUUAUCUGUUGCUAUCGGCAAGCCAGUUCAUCCAGCAUUUCCGCUCUCAUUGAGCCAAAUUUACAAUCUCAUGAUGUCAUGGAUCUUGCAAAUACACAAUUGUAUAAUAAUUCUGGAAAAUCAUUUUUGCGGAGAAGCGAACUUAAACAUGCAAAAAAGGUUGUUGUAAAGUUAGGAAGUGCUGUCUUAACGAGGGAUGACAAUUGCGGAAUUGCACUUGGAAGACUCGCAUCCAUCAUUGAACAGGUUGCGGAACUACAAAAUUCUGGACAUAAGAUGAUGGUAGUUACCAGCGGAGCUGUUGCAUUUGGAAGGCAGAGGUUGAAACGAGAGUUAAUGAUGAAUCAAAGCGUUAGAGAAGCAAUACAACCAGCACAAUUAAAUGGCACAAACAUGACGGAUAAAUUUCAACCUAGAAAUCACGCAGACCCAAGAGCAUGUGCAGCUGCAGGGCAAAGUGGUUUAAUGGCACUUUAUGAAACUAUGUUUGCUCAAUACAACAUAUCCACUGCACAAAUUUUAGUUACAAAGCAUGAUUUUGUUGGAGAGCAUAGAUUUUAUUUACAAUCCACUCUUGAAAAUCUUCUUUCUCUUUCAAUAGUGCCAAUCAUCAAUACGAAUGAUGCAAUCGUGGCCCCUCCUGGUGUUAAUCAAGACUUGGAAGGUGCCAUCAGCAUAAAGGAUAACGAUAGUUUAGCAGCGAGAUUAUGUGUUCAAAUUUCUGCAGACUUGCUCUUAUUACUCUCCAAUGUUGAUGGACUAUAUACUCACCCACCUGGUGAUGAAAAUUCACAACUUAUCAACACAUACUGUAUUAGAAAUAAUAACGCAAUUAAAUAUGGCGCAAAAUCCACUGUAGGUCUUGGUGGAAUGGAUACUAAAGUACAAGCAGCUUUAUGGGCCGUUCAAAGAGGUACAUCUGUUCUCAUUUGCAAUGGUUGUAGUUCAACAGCAGCCCCAAUUCUUGAUAGUGUAAGGGGUAAAAAUAUUGGCACUUUCUUUACGGAAGUAGAAAUUAACGGUGAAAGCCCGACAAUUCAGGCGAAUUCAGCAAGAUCUGGGUCAAGAAAGCUUCAACAACUUGAAUCGAACGAAAGAGCUGAAAUUUUACAAAAACUAGCAGAAUUGCUUGAAUCAAGAAGUGAUGAAAUUUUGGCAGCUAAUCAAGAAGAUAUUGAAGAAGCAACACAAAAAGGUGUUCUCUCACAAGCCAUGAUCGAUCGUUUAAAAUUGACAAACGCGAAAAUUCAAAAUCUUGCAGAUGGUGCAAGACAAAUUGCAUCACAAUGUCACAAAUUAACUGGAAAUGUGAUAGCUCGUACUCAAAUCGCAGAUAAUAUGGUCGCAGAAAGAGUAGCCAUCCCUAUUGGAGUUUUGUUGAUUAUUUUUGAGUCACGACCAGACUGUCUCGCACAAAUUUCAGCUCUUUCAAUUGCAACUGCAAAUGGUUUAUUAGUUAAAGGUGGGAAAGAAGCUUCAAGAUCCAAUUUCUGUCUCUAUACUAUUGUUCAAGAUGCACUGGAUUUGUAUGACUGCGUAGAUGCCGUAAAACUUAUUGAUACGAGAGACGAGGUAUCUGAUUUACUCAAACUUGACAAGGAUAUUGACUUGGUUAUACCAAGAGGAUCGGCUGAGAUGGUACAAAGCAUCGCAAAAUCUUCAUCUAGAACUGUACCUGUUUUGGGUCAUAGUGAUGGUGUUUGUCACGUCUAUAUUGAUAAAGAAAGUAACGUCGAUAUGGCAUGUCGCGUAGUGCGAGAUGCAAAAUGUGACUAUCCUGCAGCCUGUAACGCCAUGGAAACUUUACUCGUACACAAAGAUCUUAUUCAUACGUCUAUAUUCAAGGAAAUCACAGAUGUGUUACGAGCUGAAGGGGUUAAGAUUAAUUCUGGUCCGAACCUGGCUGGGCAAUUAUUAUUCACCCCAACUGUGACAAACUCUUUAAAUAAGGAAUAUUCGGAUUUAGAAUGCUGCAUCGAGGUUGUGGAUGAUGUUACAGAUGCAAUUGCCCAUAUUCAUAAGUAUGGCAGCUCUCACACUGAUGCUAUUGUUACCAAUAAUGAGGAGACAGCAGAAUAUUUCUUGCAAAAUGUGGAUAGCUCUUGCGUAUUUCAUAAUGCAAGUACACGUUUUGCUGACGGUCAACGAAUGGGGUUGGGGGCUGAAGUUGGAAUCAGUACAGGCCGCAUUCAUGCUCGAGGUCCAGUUGGGGCAGAAGGAUUGCUGACGUAUAAAUGGAUUCUCAGAGGUUCUGGUCAAACUGCACAAGAUUUUGGAACAGAUGGAACUUUAUUCUACACUCACCAAGCUCUUCCUUUGAAUUCAUAAUGCAUAAUAUAUCACAAAAAUUUGUCUGAACACUGCACAAAUUAUCUGUCACUGUUAAAACUAAUAUACACAACAGACUUUGUGAGAGAAAAGGAGAAAUAAAUGAUUAUUUAGCUGUUGCAACUUUUCCUAGUUAAGAAUGGUAAUUAUAUUUAAUUACUUAUUUGAUAGUGCUCUUCAAGAUAGCUGAAAUUAUUGAGUAAAAUGUGAGACAGUUGUAGAAAAAGGGUCCUUAUUAAUACAUAAAUUUCCAGCAUGUAGUUUAUUACCGUAAUUAUAUUUUGUUGAUCCAACAUAUUUAAGAAAGUUUUGUUAAUCUUAUAUUGGAAUUUUGAUAUUCCUACCCUAGUCAUUGAAUACUUGUUUAAUUCACAUUUGAUGAUCUUAAUAAAAUAAAGAAUGUGGCUACUCCUAUAAAAAAAAUUGUGUAGGUAUAAACCUGCCAUGGGUAAGUUGUAUAAUUUUGGUAUCCUGGGAUCAUGACAUAUACUAUGUAUUCUGUGUUCAUAGGUUUGAAUCAAUUUGUUUUUUUGUUGGUGUUCCUAAUUUCCUGAAAUUUAAUCCAUGACAUUGAUGUAAUUCUAAAAAUAGUCAUAUCAAUAUAUAUAUUUGACGCUAAAGAAAAAUUAGACUGCUGCUUCAUAAUUGGUGUGAGUAAUUGGCUUUAGGUAACGAUCAUGGUUGACCAUUUCUAAUUCAUGUCUGCUUGGUCAUAUUUGUAUUUGAAGAUAUAUUCUUGCUAUUGGGAGGAAAAACCACUGCAUGCUCUUUCAUAUUCGGUGUUAAUAUUUUUGCUUUAGGUAUAGAUUUUGAUGAAUUUAUUUUUUAUGCAAUACUGCCAAAUGUGCUA